GGUCAGUAAAACACAAAUUCACUUAAAAGCAUUAAUGAAUAUUUAAGAGCUUUUAGCCAGAGUACUUUCCUAGAUUCAGACAGUACGUGGCCAACAGCACUGCUUUAUAAGAAACCACUUGGAUAGAAGACAGCAAUGCCAAUUAACCAUAUGUCCCAGCAAAGGUGGGUUACCUUCCCAAAGGAGAGGGGGCAGAUUCCCCUGAUAAGAGGCUGGGGUGAAGUAGGUCUGAAUUUGAGCCACAGGUCCCACUGUUUCUUCCCUUCAGGCCACUGCCCAGAUGCCAAAUAACCCUUGGGACCAGACGGUCACAGAUCUCCCUUACCCAUCUCUUGAAGAUGAGGCUUGUUCACGACUGAGGCCUAGCCCCUGACAACCAACUUCUACAGAUGAUACCAGUUUCCAGAAGCCCGCCACUGGAGGUAACUUCCACCCAGACUCCAUUCGAUGCUGCAAUACAAGAACCCAACUCACCUUGACCAGCAACAGGAACCCUGGAAUCGGCUCAACUCAAUUCCCACGAUCACCUCCUUUAGGCGGAAUUCUUAUUUUUUUGAAUCUGAGAUUCCAAAGGACAAUCUGGAUUUCCGCUUAGCUGUCUUGUACAACCACCACACGGGGUCGUUCAAGAACAAAUGUGAGACCCUGAUCCACCAGGAGACCUCCAAGGACAGCUGUGGGAUCAUCAACAUCCAGGCCCCUAGAGAACACGUACCCGCUGCCCCACCGCUGCCCACCACCUCCCGAGCUCAGAUCAGACAAUGGAUCAGCCCUAAGAGGGAGUCCAUCCACAGUAUCCAUGGGUCCAUAGUGUCCCCUCACACUGCGGCCACCAACAGGGGCUACUCCCGAAAGACGGACGGUGGCUUCUUCUCCACCUGAUGCCGACAGGCCCCUGGAUGGAUUAGUCGAUGGGACAGCCUGCUGCCCACCUUCAUUAAAAACAUUUGUGCAUGGUGAA